AUGCCCACAAACAGAGUCAGGGUAGUCGAGGGAUCAUGUUGGCCCUGCAAGAAGCGGCGCAUCAAGUGCGACCUGACAAAGCCCCGGUGCAAUCGUUGCGCCAAGAUCGGGGCGGAUUGCGACUUCAACGCUCGCCGCCUGAAAUGGAGCACGCGGCCCACGAUCAAGGCUCCGGCCAUCUACCAGAUCGCCACCAGAGACGCGCAGCUCGCGUCCUGUCUGGCUUCAGACGAACGUCGCGCCCUGGACUACUUCCACCACCGCCUGUGGCCACUUCUCACGACGGCCCCGGAACCUUGCGCAGCCCCAAUCUUACAGGCCCUCGAGCAUCGAGUCGUACUUCUCGCGGCGUGCGUCAUUGCGGAUGCGCACCGGGUUCUCCAGGACGGAAGGAACAGCCGCAGUCUUCUCCGCAUGAAGCGACUCGAGUGUCUCGCGGCCGUACGUGGUGAGGUCGGCGGCGCUCACAUGGUUGAUAAGAGUUCACUCAUGACCCUGUUGCUCGCUGUGCUCUUACUCUAUUUUCACGACGGAUACCUUGAGUGCGCUCAGGCGUCUGCCUCAACGUCAAGUCACCACGGGGGCGUCAAGGCAAUCAUCGACAGUCUCGGAGGCAUUCUCCCGGUUCUGGAGACGAGUCAUGAAUCGAUCCACAUGCUCCUCUCCGAAUUCGCGUCAACAGAUCUCACAACUAUCAUGCUCAAGGGAGGGAAACCCUCGUUCCCUCACGAAAUAUGGGAUACGAUUGAGAGGAGAUCCGUAUGGUGGGGAAGAGACAUCCUUGGACGCUCAUCCCUGGCCUCAGUUUUUCAGCAAAUAUCUCGGUUAACAGAGUACCGAGAUGCUCUGAACAACGGCACCGAGCAACUAUCAAUGGAAACUAUCCGCAACUUCGAGACGGCCUUGUCUCCGAUACACAUGUUCAGAUACUGGAGACGUGGAUCCGGAUUCGGAUGCGAAUAA